AUGGCUCCCAUAUUAUCGUCGCAAGACGCCUCAUCUAUUGCCAAGAAGGAAAAGAAGGAGAAAAAGGACAAGUCCGCCAAGAAGCGUUCUCGAGAAGAAGACGCUGCCGACGCAGAGCGCAAGCACAAGAAGUCAAAGAGCGUUGUUUCAGAUCCCCCACCAUCCGACAUCGCCAAUGGUGAAGUGAGCUCCGAGAAGAAGAAGAAAAAGAAGGACAAGAAGAAGAGCGAGGCCCAGGAAGAUGUCGCCAACGACGAGAGUCUAGCUGUCAAGGCUGAUGAUGGUGCUUCGAAACCAGAGAAGAAGAAGAAGAAGAGCAAGAAGGACGGAGUACCCGAAGAGCCUCAGACAGCCGCCGAGUCUGACAAAAAGAAGAAGAAGAAGAAAGACAAGAAAGUGAAGGAGGGCGAGCAGCCAGUGGCCGUUGAGAGCACUGAGGGUAAGAAGAAGUCCAAGAAGCACCAAGAACCGAUACCCGACUCCGAGGAGGAAGAGAAACAAGAAUCAGCACCAGAACCAGAGGUCGACGCCAUGGAGGUCGACGACGCCCCCAAGCCAACCUCGAAAUCCUCCAGCAGCAAGAUCCACUCGCCGGCCGACAUCCCCUCCAACCCCCAAUUCCCCUUCUUCAACCAAACUGUCUCUCUCUACGAGCCCAUCUAUCCAAACGGAUGGGCCAACCCCAUCUCCGGCUGCGAAUCCCAGCACCUCCGCCACCUCCUCAACCGCUACGUCCCAUCCCUCCGCGGCGUCCUCCUCGAGUACAGCAAUGUCGCUCUAAACGACAAGCCCAGCCGCCAGGGCGCCGCCACCGACGACGACUCCCACGCCGUCCUCUCCUCCCGCAACGAGUUCGGCGGCGGCUUCGGCUGGAUCACGGCCGACGUCAAGCUGUUCGUGCCCAGCCGCGGCGCCUGGAUGGAGGGCAGUGUCAACCUGCAGACCGAGGGCCACAUCGGCGUCGUCUGCUUCGGCAAGUUCAACGCCUCCAUCGAGGCGCGCCGCCUGCCGCCCUCGUGGAAGUGGGUGCCCAACGAGGACGCCGAGGACGGCUUCGAGGAGACGGCCUCGGUCUUCACGGGGGCCGACGAGCACGGCGUCGUGCGCCAGAUCCACAGCACCGGGUUCUGGGUAGACGGCAGCGGCGACAAGAUCAAGGGGAAGACCCGGUUCCGCAUACGCAACUUCGACGUGGGCGUGAGCGGCGACUCGACGUACCUGAGCCUGCAGGGCACGAUGCUCGACAAGCCGGGCGAGAAGAAGCUGGUCGAGCAGGAGGCCCGCGAGGCGCGUGAGAGGAAGGAGAGGAAGGGCGGGCAUGCCAGGAAGAGGGCCCCCGAAUUCAGUAUGACGAGGUUCCUGGGCGAGGAGCAAGAGGAGAAGGAGAAGGAGAAUGAGAGCCAGCCUGCUCCCACUACUCUGGGGGAGCUCAAGACGUUUGAGGAAUAA